AUGGUCACUGUUCGCACUGUCCUCGCUCUUGCUGUUGUCCAUAAUUGGCACCUUUUUCAGAUUGAUGUUAAUAAUGCCUUUCUACAUGGCAACAACUUGGAACAGAUCAAUGGGCUUAAGAAAUACUUCGGAGAAUGCUUCAAACUGAAGGAUCUUUGGUCUCUUGAAAUACUUUCUAGGAAUAGAGGUGGCUCGCUCCAAAAUUGGAAUUUCCUAUCACAGAGGAAAUAUGCCUUGGAGAUACUUGAGGAGGCUGGUUUCCUUGGGGCAAAACCGUGUAAUCUACCAAUGGAACCAAACCUGGCACUUAGUGAGAUGGAUGGAGAACUUAUCUCAGAUCCAUCUUCAUAUCGAAGACUGGUUGGAAAACUGAUAUAUUUGACUAUCACUAGACCAGAUUUGGCAUAUGAGGUGCACACAUUGAGCAAUUCAUGGAUAAGCCUUGAACUGCCCACUUGGAUGUAG